AUGUCAAUUGAACCAUCUCGUUAUGGUCCAAAGUUUCAUCGUGUCACAAUAUCUCGAGAUGUCUUUGAAGUUCGUUCGCAUUACGUUAAUUUACGUCCUGUAGGUGGUGGAUCCUACGGUAUUGUUUGUUCUGCUGAAGAUACGUUACGAGGUCGUAAAGUCGCCAUCAAGAAAAUCACGGACGUAUUCGACGAUCUCACGGACGCGAAACGGAUUUUACGUGAAAUGAAGCUACUUCGACACCUCGGAGUGCAUGAAAACAUCAUCAAUAUUCUUGAGGUGAUUCUAGUCCCACCCAAUGUCAUGGACUUUCAAGAUAUUUACAUUGUCACGGACCUUAUGGAGAGCGACUUGGAACGUAUCAUCAGCUCGUCCCAGCCUCUCUCGGAUGCUCACUUUCAGUACUUUUUGUACCAGAUUCUACGUGGCAUGAAGUUUGUGCAUUCUGGAAAUGUGCUGCAUCGUGACCUAAAGCCAUCUAAUUUGCUCGUUAACUCGAACUGUGACUUGUCCAUUUGUGACUUUGGACUGGCACGAGGAGUGGAAACGGCAUUUAACGAAGACUUGACAGAGUAUGUCGUCACACGCUGGUACCGAGCACCGGAACUCCUUACAGAUUGUCAGAAUUACAACGACGCAGUGGACGUUUGGGCCAUUGGAUGCAUUUUUGCUGAAAUGCUCCGUCGUCGACCAUUCUUUACCGGAAGAGACCCGUCCGACCAAUUGCAUAUGAUUAUUCGUGUACUUGGCUCGCCUACGGAAGAAGAAAUGGCCUUCGUGCCGCAUGAAGCUGCCAAGCGAGCGAUCUUGCAGCAUGGAUUUUAUCCAAAGCGUCCGUUGAUGGAGUUUUUUCCCGAUGCCAACCCACUAGCGGUCGAUUUGCUCUCUCAGAUGCUCAAGUUCAAUCCUGCCGAGCGCAUUUCCGUCGUCCAGGCAUUGGCACAUCCGUACCUGGCACAACUUCAGAACCCCACCGACGAGCCCGUUUGUGCCGAGGCUUUUAACUUCGACUUCGAGCGCGAGUCCUUAGAUUUGGGUGUGGAGAUGCCUAAGGAGGAGCUACAACGGCUGGUCUUCCAGGAGUGCAUGUCAAUCCACGAGAUCGAAGCACACCAAUAG